UUUAAGAUUUUGUGUGUAAUAGUCAUAUUUUGGGGUCUGGGAUUGUUCGCCUAUAAAUACGCUCUCAAGUGUUCGACGAAUUGCCGCAAAGAGUCGUGAAAUAUCGACACGAACACUGAGUUAGACUUAGAAGAAGGUACCUUGCCCAGCUUGAGAAGAUAUGGAUACUUUCCUGUUUACUUCCGAAUCUGUGAACGAGGGACACCCCGAUAAGCUCUGCGAUCAGAUUUCUGAUGCAGUGCUUGAUGCCUGCCUUGAACAGGAUCCCGACAGCAAGGUCGCCUGCGAAACCUGUUCAAAGACUAACAUGGUGAUGGUCUUUGGAGAGAUCACAACCAAAGCCAAGGUUGAGUACGAGAAGAUUGUGCGUGACACUUGCCGUUCGAUUGGAUUCGUGUCCGAUGAUGUUGGUCUCGAUGCUGACAACUGCAAAGUCCUGGUUUACAUCGAGCAGCAGAGCCCUGAUAUUGCGCAGGGUGUGCACGGUCACCUCACCAAGCGCCCUGAGGAGAUUGGAGCGGGUGACCAGGGUCAUAUGUUUGGCUAUGCCACUGAUGAGACCCCUGAGUUCAUGCCCCUGAGCCAUGUUCUCGCCACUAAGCUUGGUGCCCGUCUCACUGAAGUUCGCAAGAAUGGGACCUGCCCGUGGUUGAGACCCGAUGGCAAGACCCAAGUUACCGUCGAAUACAUCAAUGACCAUGGCGCCAUGGUUCCUGUCCGCGUCCACACGGUUCUCAUCUCCACACAGCACGACGAAACUGUCACCAAUGACAAGAUUGCUGCUGACCUCAAAGAACAUGUUAUCAAGCCCGUGAUCCCAGAGAAGUACCUAGAUGAAAAGACCAUCUUCCACCUCAACCCCUCAGGCCGUUUCGUCAUUGGAGGCCCUCAUGGAGACGCAGGUCUAACGGGGCGAAAAAUCAUCAUCGACACCUAUGGUGGUUGGGGAGCUCACGGUGGCGGUGCAUUCUCUGGCAAGGACCCCACUAAGGUGGACAGGAGUGGCGCCUACAUUGUUAGGCAGGCUGCCAAGAGCAUUGUCGCAAGUGGGCUUGCUCGCAGGUGCAUUGUCCAGGUCUCGUACGCCAUUGGUGUCCCUGAGCCAUUGUCGGUCUUUGUUGACACUUACGGCACUGGGAAGAUUCCAGACAAGGAGAUCCUCAAGAUUGUGAAGGAGAACUUUGAUUUCAGGCCUGGAAUGAUUGCCAUUAACCUGGACCUCAAGAGGGGUGGCGAUGUAAGGUUUUUGAAGACAGCUGCUUAUGGCCACUUUGGCAGAGAUGACCCUGACUUCACUUGGGAAGUGGUGAAGCCCCUCAAGUGGGAAAAGCCUCAAGAGUAAACGGGAUUUAAAAGCAUGUUCACUGCUUGCACUUGAUCAAUAAUAUGCAUCUGCUUUCCAGCUGCAUUGGGCCCACAAAUUUGAGCUAUUGCUUGCUUGUCUUUCUUUUGUCCCUUUUUUUUCUCGAAAUUUUUUUUUAUUCUCUUUAAUGUGUUAAAAAAUAAAAGUUACUGAUUUUUGAGUUGUAAUCAAAGCAAUCUUGCAGAAUGAAGCUGCUUCAAUAUCUAUCUUAGGAUGUUUUAAAUGUGAUUAAUGA